UAUUUUUUUCUUCUUCUUCUUCUUCCUCUUCCUCUUCUUCAUUACUCCUGGUGUGUUUCUCGUUCAUCAGUAAAUGGAAGAUAUUAGCAGUGGAUCCGAUAGUGAAUACGUAAAGUACUGGAUUGACUGGUUUCUCGGUAUUAAAGGAAAUGAGUACUUUUGUGAAAUCGAUGAAGAAUACAUUCUCGAUCGAUUCAAUCUGACCGGCCUUAAUGCCGAAGUCAAGCAAUAUUAUCUCGAAGCACUCGACAUGAUCACUGACAAUCUCGAUGAAGAAAGCUUUGAUGAAAAGGCUCGAGAACAAAUUGAAAAGGCAGCUCGUCAUUUGUAUGGCCUAAUCCAUGCUCGUUUUGUUAUAACUUCCCGAGGAUUAAUCCGCAUGUUGGAGAAACACAAAAAAGGAGACUUUGGACGUUGCCCUAGAGUGUUGUGCAACCUCCAGUCAUUGUUACCCGUAGGUCUAACAGACGUUCCAAUGACCAAGACCGUCAAGCUUUAUUGUCCACGAUGUGAAGAUAUUUACAAUCCUAAAUCUGUACGCCACGCUGCAAUUGACGGUGCUUAUUUUGGCACAUCUCUUCCCCACAUGUUAUUCCAAAUUCACCCAGCCUACCUGCCAUCAAAGACCAACGAACGCUAUGUACCACGUAUAUUUGGGUUCAAGGUACAUGAGAUUGCAGACCAGCACAGAUGGCAAGAUAAAGCACGUCUGGAACACCAAAACGGUUUGGCUGCAGUAGAACUAUCAUCAUAUGCACCCCGAAAAGCCUAAGCAAAUAUAUUUGUAUACAAAAUACAAAAUACAAAAAGUACAAAAAAAAAUACACAAAACACAAAAGAGAAAUAAAGUAAGAGCGAGAGUAAGAGUAAGACAGAGGCACUGAGACGACAAACGAAACGAAGCGAGACGAAGCGAGACGAAGCUAAACAGAGCUAAACGUACAAUAUGAUACAUUGCGAUGGGAUGCGAUACGAAAUGGAAUCCAAUGAAAACAAAAAAUAAUAAUAAUCAGAAAGAGAGAUGUAGAU